AUGUUGUCUUUGCUAUCAUCAGCAGGGCUGUUUUGGCUAGUCAUCACGUUGUGGCUUGUGACAGUUGCGAUACUGCGCGCCUUUUACAACCUCUUUUUUCAUCCACUGGCAAGAUACCCAGGGCCGCGACUGGCAGCAAUCACCCCACUGCUUCAUGUCUACCACUUCGUAGCUGGCGAUGCUGUCGGCUGGCUCGACAGGCUACAUGCGAAAUAUGGCGAGGUUGUGCGCGUCGAGCCUGGCCGUCUGAGUUACAUCACUCCUCAGGCUUGGAAGGACAUAUAUGGGCAUGCGACGGCCACUCGUAAGGUCAACUCAAAAGAGAGGAAGAACAGCAAGAACCUCUUCUCCAACGGGAGUUACUCAAUUUCCUCCGCACACGGCCCCGAGCACCAACGCCUGCGCAAGAUCUUCAGCAAUGCGUUUAGCGACCGAGCCAUCACGAAACAAGAACCCAUGCUGGCGCUCUAUGCACAGAAAAUGGUCGACUUGGUCCAUCGAAAAGUUUCUAGCGAGGGAAACUCUUCUGACGUUGCUGUCAUGGAUGCAGUCCAGCUUUUCAACUUCGCCACGUUCGAUAUCAUGGCGGAUCUUGCAUUCGGCGAAUCACUAGGCUGCCUCGAUGACGGUGGAUCAAAUGCUUGGGUCGACGCCGUCCAAGUGAAUUUCAAACGAAUGAUAGUCAAGGCAAGAUUGAGGCCUUACCCGGUAAUCUCAUACUUGUGGCAUCUAUUUCAGCCGGAACAAGAUAAGAAGGCUGCUGCAGUGCACGUUCAAAGCUCGCACGAGCGUGUCACGAAGAGGUUGGCCAAGGGCGCUGAUGCCAGGAACGAUAUCUGGGGACUCGUUCUCAAGGCCGAGGGAUCUAACACGCUGACUCGUACCGAAAUGAACAACAAUGCCAACAACUUCAUGAUAGUUGGAACCGAGACAUCAGCGACAGCGCUGAGCGCUCUCACAUAUCUUUUACUAAAGACUCCGGAGAAACUUGAACGACUAGUCAAAGAAGUGAGAUCGGUCGGCGACUCAAGCCAGCUCAAAGGCGAUGUUCUCAAAGACUUGCCGUAUCUUCAGGCUUGCCUCACUGAAUGCCUCAGGUUACAUCCUCCUGUCCCGACAGGAGGUAUGCGUGUCAUAGGCGAAGGGGGCAACGCCAUCCUCGGUCAUCUUCUCCCUGAAGAUACCAAAAUGUCGAUAGCGACCUGGACUGCCUUCCGUAUCUCUCGGUACUGGAAAGAUGGCAACGAGUUUAUCCCUGAAAGAUGGAUCUCGGGUGAGCGCGGCUACGACGAGUACCACGCGUUCGACCAGCAUAAUGUGUUCCAGGUAUUUGGCACCGGUCCUCGCGCUUGUAUUGGCAAAAAUCUUGCGUUACAGGAGAUGCGCCUCCUAUACGCCAACUUUCUGUUCCAUUUCGAUAUGGAAUUAUGUCCCGAAAGUAACCGAUGGAUGGAAGAUCAGAAGUGCUGGACUUUAUGGUUCAAAGAUAACCUUCACAUUCAGGUUUCCCUCAGAAAAGACACAUAA